AUCUCUCAAACAAAAACGUUUGACUGAGUGAGUUAUGGAGUAAACUCGUGCGAAAUAACCUCGAUUGAUUUCAGGUGCUCUUUUCAUCGGAUUUUGACAAAAAUACUUAACAAAAGGAUCAUCUAUGUAACCUUGUUGCGACAACCAUAAUUUAGUUCGACUUGCUUCAUUAUUAGUCCAUUCAGUAUUGCUGUACAUUGUUAAUAUAGAUCGGAUUCGUUUUAAUUGUUAUAAUUCAUAUACGUUGCUCAUACGAUGAACGAUAAAGAAACAAAAAAGCUUCAGCAUCAAUAUGAUGUAUGGUUUCGUGGUGUCAACAGAGGAAAAGCUAUGCCAAAUUCACAAAAUUAUGAUCAAAAUCUAAAAAUUGUUGCCACAUUUGAUACUAUACAAAGUUUUUGGUCAGUUUAUACUCACCUAGUACGACCUAAUGAUUUAACAGGACAUUCAGAUUUGCAUGUAUUCAAAUCUGGCAUUAAACCCUUAUGGGAAGAUGAAGCGAAUAAAGAUGGUGGAAUGUGGAAACUGCGAUUGCGCAAAGGUCUUGCAUCAAGGUUUUGGGAAAAUUUAUUACUGGCAUUUAUAGGCGAACAAUUUAUGGUUGAUGAUGAAAUCUGUGGUAUUGUUGUCGCUUGUCGAUAUUAUGAAGAUUACAUAUGUGUUUGGAAUCGCAGUGGAAAUGAUCCGGAGAUAAAAACUCGAAUACGUGAUACAUUGAAACGUGUAUUGAAUUUACCAGCCAAUAUAAUAUUGGAAUAUAAAUUGCAUGGUGAUGCUUUGAAAAAAAUAACAAAAAAUCCGAGCAAAAUGAACAACAAAUCAUCAUCAAUGAUAACAUCGAGUGGGCCUUGAUCAUUGAUGAUUCAUGACCAAUUCAUAAUCAUUCAUUAAUUU